CCCAUUUCUCACAUGCAUUCCUAAUCGGUCACGUGACCGGUUCUUCUACCUGCUUCGUCUGCCUCCCCAAAUCCCCCAUUGUUCUGUACAGUCAGCUCUUCUUGAACUCCAUUCCUUUUUCUUCUUUUCCUCUUUCAUCCAACUUCUUUUUCACUCCCACAGGUAACUAACAACGCCCUGAGGGAGUUCUCUUUUCAUCUUUUCGUUUGCCUUCUCUCAUGUGCUAAGGCCGUUGGGGAAAAAAAUAAGGUGGAGUGGUUGCAUUCGACUUUGGAGAGUUUCAAAUGUUGUGAGGCGGGGCAGUUCAUAUUCAACCGUUGCCCUGACAGUGCUGCCAACGACCAGUGCGCCUUCUAACCUGCAGGAAUUUCGUUCGGUGGAAAGUUCCAAUAUAUUUAGUUUCUGCAACAUCUUGCGGCAUAUCUCUCGAUCUCUUGUGAAAAUGUAUUCAUGGUGAAUCCCUAAAUCGUCAAGAAAAACUUAACGAUAAUGAAGCUCGGACGCUUGCACCUAGCAAGGUGGUCAACCACAUUGUUGGCCAUUGUUAUUCUUUGCCAUCGAACGGCUAGUGAGUCCGUUUUCAACGAAAGUGUGACGGGCAGUAGUUUUAUGACUCGAGCACACAGCCCUUACCUUAUUCAUGAUUUGAUUCAAAUCGAAAAAACUGGCUCGCUCAAUAUCGAAUCGGGCGUCGUCAUCAACUUCCAUCCUGGUGCGGGUAUUCUCGUCAAAGGUGCCCUCAUUGCAAAGGGCAAUGCAGACGCUAGGAUUGUUAUGAGUGCCGUGGAAACGGGUCCUGCACGCUUGUUGUCCGAUGUCCGGCUAGUUGAUGGACCACCCUUGUCUGGCCGUUUGCAGAUCCGCCAUUUGGGUGAAUGGCGUUCCGUUUGCACCAACUCUAGGAACUGGACCGUGACGGAUUAUGAAACGACCUGUCGGCAGAUGGGUUUUACUGGAGGUCGUUAUGUUCAAUGGUUGGAUCGGGUCAAUUCCUCAUCCAGCCGUCCCCUCUUGCUGGAAAAUCCGCGCUGUUAUCCAGGCGCAUCCAGCCUUUUUCAGUGCGAUUGGAAUUCAAGACGCGUUGGAGCUGGAGUAUGUGAUUACCAUCCGGACUUGGGUAUGGAGUGCUCCGGUUACUACUCGGCGGAGUCGGGUUUUGUUGGUACCCGUUGGCGAGGCAUCCGCUUCGAACACGCUCGACACAAGAAGGAUUUGACACAGGGCAACACCCUCUACGUCAAGAUGUCAGAAUCUUAUUUGCAUUACGUGGACAUUUUAAAUGCCGGCGUUGACCGGGGUGGCAAGGCCGUCUCAGCCCUGGAAAGCGUCGGAGUCGCCCCGCAAAUGGAGAAAAUCCGGGUGGAAGGAUCGGCUUACAAUGGCGUCAAUGUGACGUCACCAGACUCUCCGGUGGCUUUCAGAGGGGCCACAGUGACGGGCAACGCCGGAUACGGCAUCUACGUCAACACGUCCAGCGGUUCCGUACUGCUGGACGCUUGCACCGUCUCCAACAACGGCCAGGAGGGUGUCAAAUACGUUUUCCACGACACCCGACCUGGUGAUCAAUCCAGCGAUGCCGUAGUGGGUACCCACGAUCUUUGCACAUCCGCCAGCACAUCCAGUCCGGCUUAUCCGCUGCCCAUCUUAGCUGAAAGCUAUCACGGAAGCAUCGCUAAUGCCAGGUGUGAAAAGCGAUUUUCCACCACUUACGGUCAGGUCCUGACGCUCCACUUCGUCUACCUGAUGGCCGCCAAAAUUGAUUCCGUCGCCGAAGUGGUUGUCCACGACGGGCCGGAUUCCCGGUCGCCUCUCAUCGCCAAAUUCCAGAUCAACAACAGCACAAGGCCUCAGAGUGUCACGACGACUCGAAACGCCAUCUGGAUCCUGUACACAGCACGAGCUUCCAGCCGGACGGUUCUCCAAAUGGAGUUGACGUCCGGUUUCAGUAAAAGUUACGAUCUCAACUUGACGAAUUCUGUCGUCACCAGCAAUGGCGCCAGAGGCGUCAUGGCCGAAAACAUCCGAUCACUCCUCCACGUCCAGGGUUCAACGCUCAGAGAGAACCGUAUGGCCGGUGUUCAAGUGCUGGACGGAGCCGGCGACGUCAACGUGACUUCGAGCUUCGUCGGGUACAAUUUGGGUGACGGUAUCAACAUGACCUACUCCGGCGGAAGAGUCAACGUCUCCUACUCGGUCAUCGAGCGCAAUCGAGGCCACGGCAUCGUCGCCUGGUUUAAUCAGAGCUCUCCGAAGCUGGCCCUCAAUCAAGAAUUCAUCAUUGCCUAUAACACGAUUUCGGCCAAUCAAUGGACAUCCGUCUUUGUAGGCAAUUUUUGCACGGCCGGAAGCGUUAAUGUUAGCGGCAAUAUUUUCAAUCAAAGCCAGUGGGACGCCCUAGAGAUCUUGUCUUGCUGGAAGCCUUCCGCACCAAUGCGCCAAAUCAACGUCGGACAUAAUCAGUUCCAUCACAAUCAACGGGUGGGAUUAGUUUUAGCGCCCGCUGUUUCAAUGACGGCCAUAGUAGAACACAAUCUCUUCCGUCAUCAAAAACAAGGGUGCCUUCUCAUCCGCAAUCCGGACGCUUUGGAACUCGAAUCGUUAUCUAGCGAUAUCCUUGUCGCUAAUAACCGUUUCGAAUUCAAUUCCGGCUUGUUUGUCGCUAAUUUGGGUCUUUCCCAAUACGCGGGUGAUGCGCAAAAGCUGUUUUUCACGCGCAAUUGGAUGAAACGCAACAGCAUCCGCCAGCCGUUCAGUUCUGUUGGACUUCAUCCGCGUUCCCGUGUAGCUGCAGUCGUGGUCGUCGGUUCCAGUAACGUCAAUGUCACUCGCAACAUGAUAGACAAUCCCGAUUCCAAUUACGAGAUCGGAUCGCAAUUAGAAGAUCAACGGCUCGAAAUUUCCGCCGUCCGGAAUUGGCUGGGCGCUAAAAUAGAGCGUGACAUCUAUUACCGUCUUUUCGACCGCAAGGAUCGGUACAAUCUGGCUCGUGUAGCUUUCAAGCCGUUCCUUCUUCACGACACGAAUUUCGACACGGACGCUGUGUCCAACAUCCAAGACUUUGUCCCCACGUUCGUGACUCCCGGCAGCCGGGAAAUCGGCGGAGAAGUAACAGGACAAGAAGAGCUGAUUGAUCCGGGUGUGUAUCACGUCAUUCGUGACAUUGUCAUCCAUCCGACGGGCCGUCUGACAGUAGCUUUUGGGGUCACCCUCCGCUUUGAACACUCGAUGGGCAUGAUGAUUGGCGGUGAGUUGGUUGCCGAAGGAUCCACAUCGCCUGAUGGAACUAUCACGUUCUCCUUGAUGGAUCGCGCCGUCCGAGAGAAUACCACUGUCGAAGUAGGUGUCCAGCUGGUAGGAGGUGCUACCAGUAGAGAAGGAAGGCUUCAAGUGAAAGUCGGUAAUCGUUGGGGCACUGUGUGUAACGAAGGAUGGACCAUGCAAUCAGCUGCUGUGGCCUGCCACCAGAUGGGUCUGGUUCUCAACCCUCGCGAUUGGUUUAUUGAACCCAUCCAUCUGCAAUCAUCUCUGGGGCUGGAAGAUCCCGUCUUGAUGAGUCACGUUGAUUGUUCCUCACUCGACACGGACGUUCGAUCGUGUUUCCAUCGACCGACUGUCAAUCAAACGGAGAAUUAUUGCGGGCACGACAUGGACGUCGGCCUGCGCUGCCACGACGUCUCCUGGGCCGGUUUGCGUUUCGGCAUGACGGCCAAGAAGUCCGUCCUUCGAUCGGCAACGGUCGAACGAGCCGGACUUUUCGAUUACGCCACCCAUUCGUUCCAGCCGGCCGUCCGCAUCGAUUUCCAUCACCACGUUCUCGAUCGUCUCCGAUUGGUCGGCAACGACCACGACGGCCUGGGCAUCAUCUACUCGGAUAUUUACUACCCGGAACGCAUUCCCAGCUUGAAGAACAGCCACAUCUCGCAGAACCGCGGGCACGGCGUCAGCUUGCGCAGUUUGGGCCUCCAGCUGGCCGAAUGUCACAUCGAAGACAAUAUGGAGUCGGGCAUCCAUUACAACCCGAUGAUUGCCCGUCAGGAGCUCCGAGAAAUGGUCGGCUGGCUUGGAAUUUUGAAGGCCAAUAAAUUCAUCCCGAUUCCGGAGACACAAGGCACUAUGGAACUGGUUCCGGAUGAUCCGCGUUAUCUGAAAACGAGUCGCCUGAAAGGCCAGGAAAUUGAAUCCACUCUAAUUAUUCAAACGGACCAACGUAACGUGAUCGGCAUGCAGGUGAUCAAUCCUAUCCAAAACACCAGCACCGAGUCCGUCCACUUGCUGGACUAUGGCGAUUUGAGCAACGAAAUCUGGAACGUCCGAAUCAACCUGACGUCUUUCCCGACGGUCAGCAGCUCGUACAAGUUGACGGUCAAGUACAGGAGCGGGCAGGAUGCUAAAGGAGGCAUGCUCAUCUUGCUGACGGCUUACAGACGGACGGAUUUGCAAGUCCAGCGGUCUCGACUCUUGACAGGUCCCAUACCGAUGCUGUCCGUCUCGUCGACCAACAUCCGGAGGAACGGCAAAGGUCUUUCGUCUCUCCACUACAAUCUGUUCCUCAGCCCGCACGGGAACCACCAUUACCUCCGCAAGGCCAACGAGACGAUCCAGCUGAUUGGAUGUGAAAUUUCCCAGAGCAAAGAAGAAGCCAUUCUGGUCCACACGCCAUACCGCGAUGUUGGCCGUCAUCCGCUGGCCGAGAUCAAGUACAUCAUGAACUACACGACCGUAGCCGAUAACCAGCGGGCCAUCGUCCAGAACGGGCGAGAUCUGAGGGAUUCCAACAAUCUGUUCCACUGGAUUCUGCAGAACGAUACCGUCCGCAACAACCGGGCCGGCGGUUUCGACGUCCGUCUGCCUUACGUUUUGCAGUACAACGAGAACUACACUCACACGGUCUACGUCGCCGAUAGCGUCUGGACGUCCAAUCGUCAAUUCGGCAUCGUUGUCGGGGGUCAUUUCGCCCGUCUCAACCUGACGGACAAUAUUAUUGAAGAUAACGAAGGCCAGCCGGGAUUGGUGAGCUUUCGCGGGAUGGAGAAGGAGAUGUACAUUCUGCGGAACAAGAUCCACCGCAACACGGGCAAUUUCAUGGUCGAGUUCGACAUGGACAGCCAGUCGGAAAUACUGGGCGAAGUUUCGGCCUAUUUCAGCCGCAACGUCGUCAAGGAUAACGGCCACGCUACGCGUUCCAUGCUCAUCAAUCCACACCUGGCCGCUUCUUACGCUUUGGCCAUGAAGGGCGUCCAGAAGGUUAACGUCACUGAUAACAUGCUCGGACCCAACACGGCCAUGGAUUAUGAGCUCUUGGCCGGCAUCAGCUCUUCCAGACUGGACAACUUCGUUAAUGUUCAACGUAAUUAUUGGGGAACACCCGAGCUGCAAAAUAUCCGCGAGCGCAUUUUCGAUUUCGACGACUGGAACAGCUACGCCAUCGCGACGUUCAGGCCGUACUUCCUGGAACCGAUUUGGGAUGGCGGCCAGUCCACCUUUACCGAUGUUUCUAUCCCCGUGAUGGACGUGGAACGAUUAGGUGGACGUUUGUUCCAAGAUCUUGUCCUCGUGCGACGCAACAGGCCUUACAUCGUCCACACCGAUCUGACGGUCAUGCCCGGCGUGACGUUGACCAUCUUACCGGGCGUUGAGCUGGAAUUUUUACCCAGCGUCGGCAUACUCGUACUGGGUGUUCUCCAUGCAGAAGGACAUUGGGAAGCGCCCAUUCUAAUGCGUCCAGCACCGCAAAAUGCAGCCAUGACGGUUAAUUAUCGAUUGGCUCGUCAAGUUUCAGCUGGCCAACAGGAUAACGUCCGAUUGUGCCUUGAAGGCGAUUGUCGUGCUGGAGCAAAUCAAGGAUACCUGGAACUGUUUAAUCAGACGACACAGCAAUGGGUGCCCGUUUGUGAUCGCCGCUUCACGGAACAAAACGCACGCGUCGUAUGUCGUCAGUUGGGCUUAGACAGUUUUCACGAAUACAAGAGUUUUGGACGAAGAUGGGAAUUCCAGUUAACCACGCUCAAUCGUGUCCGCCAUUGGCCGGAACCCAUUCAAUGCAUUGGAACUGAAUCAAGGCUGGACGAAUGCGACAUUCGAUUAAACGGACAAGUGUGGGAUCACAUUUAUUCUUGUCCUUGGGAUAGCGAAGAUUUUGUUUUCAUCGAUUGUGGUUCCCGGACGUCCGAAACGUCGCCCAAUUAUUGGGGUGGCAUCCGCUUUUCAGUUGCUUCGUACGAAGACAAUUUAUUGGAUUUACGAUCCGGCCUGCCCGUUCAUUUGGAUCCUAAUCUCGAGCGCCAUUCGAGACUCUAUUACGUUCACAUUACAGGUGCUGGAAUCCUUCAUGGUGAAAGGAGCCCAGCCGUUUUGUCCGUCCACCGUUCUCCCACCAUCCAGCAGGUCAACAUCAGUCACUGCGCAUCUGACGGUGUGUCUCUCAUCUCUCCGUCGUUGAACUUGCCAUUGCUGGACAAUCGAAUCGAGUACAACGGAGGAGUCGGACUUAGUGUCCUAAUGUUGAACGGAGAAACCCGCGAUGCUGAUCUCAGUGCCUUCAGUCCCCUCCGUUUCGCCCGAGGUCUUCCGUACAACACGUUCGGCAUUUUAGAUGCGUGCGAUCCGGGCAAGCAAGUGAUUGUCGAAGAGCGUAUCUUAAUUUAUUAUCGCUACGAGAAUCGUCCGGCCGAUUGCGUAAAAAUCUUCACCAGCCGUUAUGGUGUCAAAACAUUUGGCUUCCGGCUAUUGCAGCUCAAUUUAGUUAAUUCGACUCAUCAGCCGUGGGAGCCUGACUCUUUGACUCUCUACGAUGGUGAUAUUUAUAACAUUACAUCGACAGUCAUCGUUCAGGUGACUUCGACUACCACUGGGCCAGCCAUUGAGAACCGGCUGUAUAGGAGCAAGAAACCCAGUUUGAGUUUGAAGAUCCAUUCUUCCGGCGAUGAUGGAUCAUACGGUUUCAUAGCAGAGGUCAUCACGUUACCCAUCGCUGCCAUCGGUUUUGGUCGUGAUAUUCGACAUAAUAUCUCCUAUUCCGGGUUUUUCCACAAUAGGGCUGGCGCCGUGUACUAUUCGAGCGCCGGAGAGAUCAAUCCCAUUCUGACGAUGGAGUGGAACCAGAUUGUGGACAACGGAGUCCAGCUCUACGGCAAUUUCAGCACGGCAGAAGCCGCUGUGGCUCUAGACGUCCAGAAUAUGGAUUCUCUCUUAUUCCGGAACAAUUUAAUGCGACGUAAUCAAGGCGGAUUAAAAAUCCAGUCGGAUUCUAACGGUGUUCCGACCUCGCUGAAAGCCGUUAUCCACAAUAAUGUUUUCGCUGAUAACAACGUGACAGAGACGUUGUACCUUCAAGGCCGUCGUUCUAGCCCGUAUCAAGAGGUCACGCUUUACCACAAUUACGUUACAAGGAGUCACGUCCGUUACAAGAAUGUCAUGUUGCUGGAUCAAGUGGUGGCAAACCUAACUGAAAACCACAUCUACAACAAUCUCGGCUUCCACAUUAUGGAAGUCUAUGGCUUUGGACGUGUCCGGCUUCCGAUCUAUCAAACGUUUUAUCACAACAGUUUUCACAAGAAUUACGCAAUGGAUCGUGACAGCCGUGGAACGGUCAUUGCCGGAAGCAGUGGCCAGAGAUACAUCAACAACGUUUUUUACAAUCCGGACAAUGAUUAUGAAAUGAUUGCUCUUAACUGGACUGGCAACGCCACUUGGGAGGCGAGUUUGGAGAUGCAACGAACGGCCAUCGAAGCCAAGACCAAUUGGUGGGGUUACAACGAAACAACUGCCGUCGUAGGCCGCAUCCGUGACUUCAGGGAUGUACCGGAAUUGCUCCAAGUUCGCUUCGAGCCAUAUUACUUGAACAAUCGCACCGUGUUGAGCGGGAAAUGUGAUCCGGGCUGGACGCAAGUCGGCGAUACGUGCUAUGUUUACAUAGGUGUACCGAUGAACUUCUCCGACGCCAAAGAUUUCUGUAAAAAAGAUAACGCUUCGCUUCCUUACCUGAUGAACAACUAUUAUGGCGUCAUGGAGUUUCUUCAGUCGCAACAAAUCGGGUUCGAUUAUUUCGCCCGGGCUUGGGUCCAGCAUCUCGACAUGAUCGGCCAAUGUGUCGUUUUCGUUAACCGACGCGUCGAACGAUCACCUUGCGACCUGCUCCUACCUUUCCUAUGCGAAGCUGAUCCUUAUGUGGUGUUGGAUCCACUUGGAUGGACGGACGAUGCUCUAACUGUUGCCCUAUUAGGGGCUUCAGUAGCUGCCUUACUUUUAAUCAUUUUAUGUGUAGCCUUUUGGGCCACAAAGUCUAAACACAGGGCUGAAGAGCGGUUUGAACGGCGUAAUUCUAUUCGCGGAUCGAUUCGUUCCAUUCGCUCCUUUAACUCGCUGGCUUCGAGUUCUGGUUUCUUGGACACGGCAGGUGCUCGGCGAAAACCUUUGGUCCCACCAUCCGGAAGGAAUGGCGGAAGCGUCGACUCUAUUGCCAAGUCGCAAUUUGAAUCAUCAGUUGAAGAUAAUCGCUCUUUCAGCAUUUACGACGGCGAAGAACAUCCGGCCAAUACUGUUGGCCUUCCACAACCCCCUCAGCAGGGUUUCUCUUAUUCCCAACUUGAUCAUCGAGUGAACCGUCCAGCCGGGCAAACCGCUAUCGUCAAUCAUCAUCCGAAUGGUGGUCAGCUGACUUUCGAAAAUCAGGGAUUCCGGGACACUUCCACCUACGCUUCCCGUCCCGAAUCUCGGCCCCCGUCCGAUAUGUGGGGAGAUUCAUUUUCUAUUGAUGCUCAAAGCAACAUAACGACCAGUGUUAGCGUCCAUCAUCACAACGGAGCCGUAAGUUACCAUCCACAGCCAGGCCGUACUAUUCACGAGCCAGACUAUAGCCGAAUCCGUUCAAGGAGUGAAGCCGGCGUUUUGGAUAAUUACUCAACGGCUAGUGUUAUUACCGAUUCCACAAUGGCCAUGAAACGUGAACUCGACGAUUCCGAUGCAGCUUCUGCCGUCACUUUACCGCAAUCGAGAACUAGACCUGAUGACGUCCCCGGUUACAACAAAGCACAACCUCUAAUUAAUCGACCUCCGACGACGACGCGUUCGCAGCAAUUAUUGGAAACUAAUUUCGAUACGGGAAUACCGGAAGUUCCGCGUCACGCGGUUACCACUGGCUACUUGGCCCAUUCCAACGAAAACUUCUUUCUACCGCAUCGAUCCAAGAGCACACCCCUCGAGACGGACAUGUAAAAAGGCCCAUGACGAUGAUCUCUCCUUCUAAUUAGUGUAACUAUAUGGAAUUUAAAUUCCAUAAUUUAUCUUUUCAAUCUUGAAUUUGCAUGAUUCCAUGACGUUUGACUGCCUUUUUUAUCGCUGCAGUAAUUCUUAGAACUAUUCUGAGAACUUGAAAAUAAGACUAGAACAACAGGUAACAGCACUGAAGCUAUUUUUUUUAAACCAUUCCGCCCAAAUACCCGGGAUUGGAACUAGCCACGACCAUUUCCGGAUUUCAAGUUAGUGCUUCAUGUUUAAAUGAAUGUAUUCCUUUUCUUUAUUUGUAUGGUGUGUAUGAGUUGUCUUCCAUUUUAUCCGUGUUCCAAUUGGAUGAUGUCCAGCAUGAUGGACACCUUUUACAAAUGAAUGCAUCUGAUGUAAAUAGAAAUAACUAAGACAAACUGA